UUUCUAAACCUCAACAGAACACUAAACAUUUUAGGUUCCAAUUUCCCAGAACACCAUAGACUUUAUUUUCGAAAGACUACUUGGAUAUUAAGUUUGGUGAUAAUGAAGUUGUAUGUGCAAAGUUUGAUCAAAUUAACGUAUCAUAUUAUUUCGGUAAGUCGAUAACAUAUUCCGAAAGACGAAUUUUGAUGUUAAAGCUAAAGCCUAAAGCCAAAGCAAAACGACAAAAUAAGCUCUUUCGAUUAAGGCCGAUUAUUAUGUUGUUUUAUUUCUAAGUUUAGGAUCUACCUCCUACUCCUAGGCCUUAAGGUUAGUCUUAUUCCAGGCUGUGCUGGGCUGAUUUAUCAAGUUAUUUUGUCAAGUAAAAUUUAGUGGCAUAAGGUCUAUAAAUAGUAAAAGUAAACACUUAUUUAUGGCCUAACUGGGAGUGACUGUCCUUUAAGUCUUUAGAAAUCUAAAACUUAUUAAGACUAAGACUGAACUAAAAUAGACUUACUGAAAAAUCACAGUCACAACACUAUCUUUAAAUUUGAAAGAUUUUAGAGAGCUCCUUAAAAUAGGACUCAUAAAAGUAUAGGCCUAUAACUUUAAGGCAAUGAACUACCUCUAAAGACCUAAAUAAAGUUCUCUUACUUACUCAAUUUUGUGUGGCUGUGGUAGGAGGGGAUGCUUAGGCGUAGUCAUGGCUGUGCCAAGGAAAGAGGAGACAAAGCCUGAAAAUACCCCCUCCCCCCUUUCCUACCUAAUUUGAAGGCAGCCUUUGUUAAUCAAGAUGAUAAAUACUUAUUAAUUAGACAACACACUGCCCUCUUCAACAUUUGAGUAGAAGACCCUGAGUAGGAUAAUCUUUCAAGCAUCACAGAUCCAUGCUAAAUUUGUUGACCAAAAUUCAAGGGUUGGGUUCUUGUGGUGGGGUUUAUUUUAAACAAUUAUUGUUUUCUGUUCACACUGUCUGUAGUCAGUAGUGUGUUACAUGUACUUGUUAAAGUUCUUUGCUCUCUCAGCAACUCACAAUCUCAAUGAACAAAGUGGCUGCAUAAACCGGAGCAUUGUGCCUAGCAAAACCAUGGUGGCAUUGUACCUAAGCAAAACUAUUUAUCUAGGCCUGUGUACACCGCAGCAAACAUUUAUUAUCAUAAGAUACAGCUAUUAUAUAUGAUCAUGUGUGGUCUUGUGGAAGAGUAAAUACUAGGCAAUAUCAUAUUUUGUGAUCAAUUUCCAGAUGCUGUUCAAGUCUUACAGGCCUAUAAGUGUUACACUUAAACUAGAGACCAACCAAAUUUCGCUUUUGGCGCAGAAAGUAGCCAUUUGAUCACUUAUGGACUAGUUUACCAACAGAAAAGUUAAACUUUCAGUUUAAUUUCAGUUUCGGCCGAAAGUGAUUGAUUUUUUCAGUCAUCUACCAGAAGUGAGACUGUCUGUCUGUCUCUAGGCCAACAAACCAAUAUUUCUUAUUGUUCGUUAUCUUGCUGUCAUAUGUUAUAUGACAAAUAAUCUGCGAAAACUGCUCACAGCUGCAUGAUGACCUACUUGUCCUUUAUUUCCAAAAUUUAAAUUUCAAUUAAGCCUAGUCAAAUGUAAAUAGUUUUGUGGAAGAAAAACUAAUGAAUGGUAAUAUUUAUAUCAUUAUUUUUGUUUUAAUUUUUCAAAAAUAACAUUUGGAACCCUAGGUUUAUUCAAUUCUUUUGUGAGAUUCAUUUUGAUUUAUCAUGCUCAUGUUGUCACAGACAAAGGUGAAUAAUAUUGUAUAUUCCUAGGGAAUGGACGGUAAUAUUUCAAUUAUUAUUUUUGUUUUAUUUUAAAAAAAAAAAAAUUAAAAUUAAGGAAACUUAGGCUUUUACAAUUGAUCCAUUUUGUGAAAUUCCUCAUUAUCUUGCCUAUAAACAUUGUUAUUGGCAAAAUAACACACCUGUGCAUAUUUCAUGGGUUUGUAUAGUAAUUAUGUACUAGACCUACUGCAGACCUGUUUACUUUUAUGAUUCUGGGGACCAAUUUAGAUGUCUUUUGCGAUUCUCCUUCGAGGCCAAUCAGAACAACAAUGUUAAGAGACCCAGUUAAAAAAAUAUUUUUCCCUCACCAAUGGAGGUGAGAGAGGUUGGUCGCCGUACGAAAUAGUUAUGUCUCUUUCACGGAAAGACUAAAGUGUUGGUACUAGGCUAAAUAUUAAUACAGCGAUGUCUUGCCAGCUAUUUAUGAAAACACAAAGCAUUGGUGUGACGAUAACCGUGAAACAUUUUGGUGAUAUAUUUAUAGCCUUAAUAUAUUUAGGUGCAUGAGAGCCAGAGCCACAAUAAUUAUUGUAGAUAAAUGUCAAGUAGUGUUGUAAUGAUAUUAUAAAAGCAAAGGGCACUAAAAAAUCUAAUUUACAUGAAUUCUCUCCCCCCCCCCCCCAUUUCCUAUUACCAUACUACUUUAAAAUACAUUUUUAGCAAAUGUAAAUUACUUUUUAAUUCAAAUGGUAAAAUCCAAAGUAUUCAUUGCAUGCUUAUCUAUUAAAACUAAUGAUCUCAUUUUUUAUACAAAGAAUGUAAACAUUGAUACUUUUCCCAUCAUUUUUUGAUGUAAGCAGAAUGUAUGCGUGAACGAAAUUCAAAAUAUCUAAAUAUCAAAAGAUCUAAAUAUUUUGGUUUCGGGCCAAAAGUCUCGUUAAGCUUUUGGUUUCGGCAGAUAGUCUCGUUCAGCUUUUGAUUUCAGCCAAAAGUCAUUUUUAACUUUUGGCCCAGUAUCGGUUUCUACCCAAGUCAGAAAAUCACUUUCAGUCGGUCUCUAACUUGAACAAGAUGUGCUGACCCUUAAAACUCAUAACCGUGAACAUACAAACUGUGUUAAGAUAAGACACACCUUUGGCUCCUAAAAGUGUUUUACCGGUACUGGGGCCAAAGCAAAAGUGAUGUUAUUUGCAGUAAUUUGCCAUUCCCCGGUUUAGCCAGUAUGAUUAUCAUGAUCAAUAAUUUGAAAGAUGAAGACAUAUUUACAGGAACAAUAAGAAAAAAAAUGAGAAAACAGUCAGAAAGUCCAUGUAUAAUGUAUGUAACAUCUGUAAUAAACGCAGAACAAUUUUGAAUACUAAGUGAGAUUUUUAUUGUAUUUAAACUUCCUUCAUGCAGGUGAUUUACAUUUUACUUGUACAUGGAAAUGUAGCAAUGAUGUUGAAUAUAGCUUUUCACUAAUCUGUUCCGAACAUCCGAACAAAAUACCUGUGUAUGAUGUCCACUGUUCAUUCACAACCCUCAGUCUCGUAGCAAGGGGCCUACACAUGUCAUGUGACGGCUCUGGAUAGAGGUUGUUCAUAAAGGGCUUUCGCAUAACAAAUGCAACUUUUCCACUUGCUAAACCCGACACCCUCAGGGUGUGCGCUGAUAUACACAGGCACUCACAGCAAUUUACAGUGGGAAAUGCCAGGAAAUAUAAUGAUUAUUAAGAGCACAUAGUCACUAGAUUUAAAUUUCUAAAUCAGUAUGAUGGGGAUCCAUACAUUGAUAACAUCCUCAGUUUGGUGGAGGGGGUGUGUGUGUUGAUUUUGCAUUUUUUUGCAUACUGGUGCAUGCAGCGGUUGGGGAAGGGGAGGGUGGUUUGGCAUAAAGAACGUACAUUUAAUAACUAAAAUUUCAGACACUAAUACAACUGUAAGCUAACAAUCUCUGGAAAUCAAUGAUAUAUACAGUAUUUAUCGGCGUAUAACACGCACUGACGUAUAACACCCACCUCAUUUUAAGACGUAAAUUUCAGGGAAAAAACUUAACAUUAUAUCAGCAUAUAACACGCAGACAUCAUUUGCCCCCUAUUUUCAGGGAGAAAAAGCACAUGUUAUACGCCGAUAAAUACGGUAAUUAUUGUUAAAAGUUUUUAAAAAAUCACAGCAGUAUUUCUUAUUUAUCAUCAUACUGAACUGUUGUUUUGUGUUAACAAUUGCUUGAUAUCACAAUAGUAAUGGUUAACCUCGCACAACUUUAACUUAAGUCCACUGUGAUGAUUUUAUGAUGGAAAUAUUUUGUUGGACUGAACCAAAUAGAUACACUGGUGAAAAAAGAUGUGUCAAGACCCAUGACACAAAUCUUGGCAUACUAUUAAUAGGCAGUGCUACCCAAUCAUUUUUUUAAACCACACCCCCAUCUGAUCACAUAAAAUGUAUAGCCUACCAACCAACAUACAAAUUAGUGGGAAAAAGUGGAGGGGGGGGUGUCUUCCUACUGCCGUAAGGAAGAUUUAAUUUUAAAUUAGCAGCCCUUUUUCAGGCUUUAAGAUUCACAAUCAUAGGAUAAAACUUACAAUAAGUGAUAAAUAUUUUAACUGCAAUAUAUAGAGAAAAUACUAAAGUGGUUAACUUUAUAAAGAAUAUCAUGUUUUAACAUUUAACUCCAAAAUACCCCCCACCCCUGAAACAAAGAGUGGGACAAUGUAUAUAUUUUUUUUUCUAUCCUGCUCAGCAUGGUAAAACUUUUUAAAAACAUGUAAUUUCUCAACAUGGCAAAUGCAGCCAAAUGCUUUACCAUGGUAGUUAUUUUUCUAUCAAGCUUGAAACAUCACUUUUUCAUUCUAGAUAAAAAUGUGGUCCAAGGGGGAUUAAACUCAUAUUUCAAGUCAAGACAGUCUCUGUUGAUCAUCUUAAAGAUAUAUCAAAAGGUAAAUUCUAUUUUCACUUGUGUCACUCAAAAGCCUUACAAUUAAUUUCUAUAAUUUUUUAUGAUAAAAAAUAUUCUAUAGUUGUCCCACAUUUUAUUUAUUUCAUUUCUUGUGUAUAAAAAUAUAUAUCCUUAAACAGUGGUUCUAGUCGAGAUCGACUUGGCCACACCUGCAUCCCUAUCACCAUUUGUAUCCAGAAGUUGUUUCUUGCAAUGGAGGUCUCCUCCAGUACUGUGACUUCCACCCCGCAAGAGACCAUUGAUCACAUGCUGCCGCAUACAGCUACGACUAUCUCUUUGACUAGUGGACCCGAUGUUUCUACCUCCAGUGGAGAAAGUAAUCCUUUUUAUGUAUCUUUUGGGUUAAAUGAUAGUUUACUGUUAUGUCCUGUUUUUAUUUUUUAAUUCAACUUUAUUUAGUGGUAAUACUGAAGCUUCCUUAGAAUUAAAACAAAUGUUGCUUGCCAUCAAGUUUCAAGGUAUCCAAAUAAAUGAUAUUAUUUUUUUCCUUCUAAAACAUUAAAAAAAAGUACAGGAACAAAUCGGAUAGGUACUGUUACCUAUUUUAGAUAAGAAACUAAUAUAUUGAAACAUGCUUAUUCCCUAAAUCAUAUAUUAUGUUAAUUUUAUUGAUCAAUUAGCACAUUUCUCUUUUUGCACCUAAAGAUGGUGACCUUUUCCAUUUAGCUGAUGGCCUUAACAACACAGUGACCACAGAGAUCGGAGUUGGCUCAAUUGAACCAGGUAUGUCAAUUUCACUAAUAUAUAUUAGCUGGUAAGAUAAUUUAAAUUAAAAUAAAUUUUGAGUGGUUGGGGAGCAAUCUCAUAAAUUAUUUAACAAGUUAUAAUAAUCUGAAAUAAUUAACUUACACAUUUUAAUUUAAUUAAAUAGCAUUGAUACCCUCCCUAGUUUUAAAUUGGAAAUAGAAUACCGGAAAUACAAUUUAAACUAGUAUUGGUGUCAUUUUUUGUUUCCUGUUCUUCUUCAGUUCGUUAUGGGCCAGCUUUGCCUCCAAACUUCUACACAACGGAAACAAUCAGCUAUUCCAAGGAUGUGCAAGGUAGAAUAAAUGCUUGUGUUAUGUUCUGAUAUCAUGCAUUUUAUAGAUUUUAGUCGAAUAUGACCAAUAUGACCAAAAAUUUUGCUAGCAAGGUCAUCAUUUUUGUUUUGUGUGUGAUAUAUUGAUAUAUGUACCGGUACUACCUUAUUACAGAUGCUAAGGCAGUGCCUGGUUCAUGCGGCUUGUACAACCUUGGGAAUACUUGUUUCAUGAAUGCUGGAAUCCAGAGCCUGAUGAGCUGCUCUGCUCUGGUCAAAUACUUCUGUGAUAACUACACCCUGACCGAAGGCAACCGGCACACCUUGACUGCCCAGUUCUACGUGCUGCUUUGUAAGAUGUGGAGCGGGAAGUUCUCUGUGGUGCACCCAAGAAAGUUCAAAGAGUUUUUAGGAUUUUAUCAUUCUCAGUUUGAGGAUUACAGGCAGGUCAGUGGCUCUCAAAAUGUUUUAAAAGUUGGAUUAUCUAUUCAUGGCUGCUGAUGGUACAAAAAUAUUAAACGCUAAUUCACACAUUUUAUUAGUAGGUUAUGUUGAAGUCUGUGAACCCUGGAGCUAUGUCACUGGGAGGACACCACCAAGGUGAUAUCCCUGGCUGGCCAUUGGGAACCAGCAUUGGUUGCAGGGUGGCAGUUUCUCCCAUGUUGGGGUUAAGUGUUGUUAGAGACUCAACAGUUUCUUUUGUGGAAGUAUAAAGUUGUUACCCUAACAAAAAAAAACAAAGCAGUGAGCUGUUCCAUUUGAUCCUGCUGAAGUUUUCACAAGUUUCCAAAUGAAGUGUGAACACAAAAGUUUGUGCUGACAUUUUUUUUUAAUAUUUGGAUUCAAACCUGUCAUUUUCUGGUAGGUUUCAUAGAAAAUGGUAAAAAAUAUUAAAUGAUGAAAUGUAUGUCAUACUUCUUGAAACGUCAUGAUUAACUUACUUGGAAAAGGAAUAUUCAAAAGAUAAUAUUAAAAAUUAACCUAAUAUUUUUGACAUCAACUAAUGUUGUAGCUGUUGGGUUAUAAUUAUAGCUGUUGGGUUAUAAUAAUAGUAUUUCCUUAUUCUUUCCUUAGCAUGACUGUCAAGAGUUUCUGGCCUUGCUUUUAGACACACUGCAUGAGCAGCUCAACAACGCUACAUCUUCAAACAAACGCUCAUACUCAACAUCCCCACUGCCAUUAGCAUCAUCGUCCUCAUCUUCCCCACCUUUGUCUUUCCCCGUGACUUGCUGCUCAGCAGCCAUCGCCACCUCAGGUACAGAAUCUCCGUUAUCGGCGGUCGAUGCGCAGGUUAGAGUUGAGGACAAUGAAAGAGGUGGUGAUCUUGUCGCCAAAACUGAUCUCAACAACAAAGAUUCCAAUAUCACUGUGAUAAAGCAGGACCUGAUUGCUGUAGAACUUUCAGACUUGCGAAACUCUCCGAAAUUCCUUGAGGUUGCUCAACCAUCACUUGUCGGUGAAAUAGGCCAGAGCCCUGCCUACCCCAGUGAAGGAAGUCCAACAAGUGAUGCCUCUGUUGUAGACUCUAUAGUCACAAGUCCAUCUAGUCAUGGGGACGUUGCUAGCCAAAAAUCUCCUGAUCACGAGGAGGAGGAUGAGAUGAUAUCUAGUUCUUUCCCCGCACUUAGACGUUACACCAGUCGUUCCAACCUGGAUGAUGUGUCUUCUUCAGACUCUGGCGUCAUCCUCAAGCCAUCACUUAAAAGGGUAUCCAGUGGCAAUUCUGUCACAACAUGUGGUACUAUUUUUCAUUCGGAGGACAGUAAUCACUCGACAGUCUCUGCUCACAGCACUGACUCGGAACAGAGCAGCGCUUUCAAGCGGCUAAAAAUCGACACUGUGGAGUUGAAUCGCAACACGAACAACAACCUGAAAGACUGUGUCACAUCGUCGUCUGAUUGCAAGAAGUCUAGCAAGAGCAGGAGAAACAUGCUGGGGGACAGCACUGUCCUUAAGGAGGCUGGGAAUGUCAUUGUCUCCAGCAAUUCUGCCCUGACCUGCUCUCACAAAGACCUCAAUGUAAUUGACAACAUGGUUACCUCUUGUCAAGACACUCUUUGUGUUGAUGUUAAGUUUACAGGUCCUGAUAACUCAGAUGUUCAGUCUCAGCUCUCCCCUGGACUUUUGGAUGAUUUCUACAGCAAGGAGACCAAAACAUUAAACACCAAUGUUCUGGUCUCAGAACUCCUGCAGGAUAUAACUUCUGAUUCUGAAAAAUUUGCUAAAAUGGAUAAUCGGCUUAGGCCACCCUCCAAAGAAAUCAACAUACUCCAAGAGGCUUUUGGAGAAGAGGACAAAGCCGAUAAGGUUCUGAUUGGUCAGAGAUUCGGUGGUGUCAAGGACACAAAUCUAUACGCCCAUUCAUCUGUUGUUGUGGUGAAACCAGUAAAAAACUCUGAUCCUAAUGUCUUGAACAACAGUGUGGACAGAGAUGUCAUGGAUGUUGAGGCCAAAUUUCCUCCUGGCAACAGUGAGGUCAGUGGGAUGGACGUGCUGACGUUGAAGCUUGUUGGGGACAAUAAGUUGAAUGAAGAGGAGAAGAACGUUCAGAUGCAAGCAUACUCCAAGUUUAAUACCAUUCCUGUCAGAAGCAAUAUUCGCACUGAUCUCAUUGACUCGGCUGCCGAUGCUGAUUGUAUGGAAAUUGAUGAGGUAAGCCCGGUACCAAAUUUUAUUUGUAUGAAGUAUAGCAAUAGUAAAAAAUAACUCACUCCUUGUCAUUACAUAUUAAUAAAACAUAAUAAAUCCACUGAUUUUGUUCACACUGCAGGUUGAAGUUGAAAGCUCAGAUGAUGAUGAGCUUGAGGUUGGCUCCCAUUCCUCCACUGUUGAAUGCUCAUCUGUACCAAACUGUCUGCGCCAUUGUGCCUCCUCAGAGGUGAUGAUGGCCAACAGAGUUUGGGAGGAGUACAAAGCCAAGAAUGACAGUGUGGUUGUCAGCACUUUCCAAGGACAGUUUCGAAGCACGGUGUGUAGCAAGUCUUCCUAUUCCUCUCAGCAUGUUGCUGCUAGUUUUUUUAUUUUAUUUGUUAUUUACCGGAUUUAUUUACUAGCGUGUGGUAUUUUCACUAUUUAAAAACAGUUUUGUUCAGUUUUUCUAAAAUUUUAGAAAGAUCAUAAGUAUUCUGGCUUACGAUUGCAAUCUCAUUGUUACCUCUACUAUCAAAUUUGCUUCAGCUUCUGUCUAUAUGCAAGAUGCUUGCUUGUGACAGAGCUUUUUUAUGGCCCACCAGAUGUACCCCACUCCACAUCUUGCCUGGUGUCACUGCAUCCACUAUAAAACCAUAACAUUAGCAUCUCUCAACUCCCACCCCAGGGAAAUAAAAGUCAUAAUAUUACAGAGAUUUUAUUGGAUAGCUGUUAGAUUUUUUUUUCUCAGCUUCUGGGUGCUGUAUUCUUUGUAGUAUUAAACAGCACUGUUGCCUGCUUGAGAACUUCUAACUAGCACUAACCUAAUGUAGAGCUGAGACAGGUACAAAACUGCUGCCAAGGAUACCUGGCAAGGGUGUGGGACUUAAUCAGUGGUCACACUUUUGACCAUCUUAGAUCCAUUAUCAGCAGCUGUAAUCAUAUCUCCUACCAUAACACUCAACGCUGUAAAUGUGCCAUUGGGUCAAGCCAAAUGUAGGGGUGCUGCAGUCAUAAGUGUAUACUGAACAGUAUUUAAGUGAACAGUUUUCCUUAGGCAUAUGCUGUCUUGGAACGCAUUAGGUGAUGGAGUGUAUGUCUGUACACCUCUUAAUUAUGUGAUCACAAAAUUUCAUGUGAUCUAACAUUUUAAAGCAUUGAAUUAAUCAUAUUUUGCCUAAUCACAAGUUUGAAUAAUUACUCUUCAUUUAUUCUCAUGACCUGUGACAGGUUGCCGUCACAUUGUGUGUUUCACUCUGCUGAUUCUCUAUCCUAGGUGGUGUGCUCAGAAUGUAGCCAUGUAUCAGUAACCUAUGAGCCUUUCAUGUACCUUUCAUUACCCAUACCUCAUGCUAUGGACCAGCAGAUAAGUGAGUUGACUUAUCCACGCUAUGUUUACAUUUAACUGUUGUGAUAUGUGCAGGCUGAUGUCAUAUGUGUUUGUAAAUAAGUAAGCUAUUCUUACCAGAGUUAUAAAUCCCAUUAAUAUUAAUUGAGAUGAAGGCAUGCAGAAUAUGGUUGAUGUUUUUUAAAUCAGCCUUUUUUUUUUUUCCACAACGCUGUCAAUGUUAUCAGUGUAAUUAACUUGUAUGUUGUAUCAACUUUGUGAAUCAAAGUGCACAAAAUUCUGGCCAAAUAUAUCUCUUUCUUUAAAAAGGAGCAUAGUCUGCUUUUGAAAAAGUUAUCAGUCAGUCAUAGAUGAUGGAAGCACCCUCUUAUUACAUUUUUAAAAAUAAAAUAGAUUUCACAACAUCCCGUUUUUAAAUCAGGCUUAUAAUUUAAACCUUUAACACUAUAUUGCUGUGUAAAAAUCUCCAUUAUGGAAUCACCAAUGGUUAAAAAAAAGUAUUUAAAAUAAUUAAAUUUGCCAAUCAUUUUAAUAAAAUAACUACAACCAUGUGAAUAUUUCAAAAGAGAAUUUCAUAAUUUCCUAUUGGUUUAACAUGCUAACCUCAAAGAUUCACUACUUGAGGACUACUUAUUCAUAAUUUUUAUUCACCAUUUUUGUACAAGUGGUCAUUGUGUUGAAGUAAAAAGUAAAUCAUUUCAUAGGUGUGGUGUACAUAUCCCAACACAAGCCGCCCGCCAGGUACCUGCUGAAUCUGCUCAAAACAGACAGAAUUGGCACUGUCAAGAAAAAGCUGUGCGAAAUGAUCAGCCAAGAGGAUGGAAACAUUAUCAUGGCUGAAGUUUUGGAUUCCCAUAUCUCUAGGAUUUUGGUUAGUGUCGUCAUUAACUGUAGGCUAAAUCAAUUUAAACCACAUAACCUGUGACACAAUGUAAGAGUUAUCUACCUCACAACCAAAAGUUAGGGCUGUGUCAUCCCCAGCCAUGGGUAAGGAGCAGGUUGUAAUGGGGCAGUCACCUCAGCAUGACAGCUCUUUUUGGGGAAGAGGUAAAUCCUAACCAAAAAUGGAAAGUAACCUCCAAUUUUGUAUUUAAUUAAAUAUCUUCUGCCUAUGCUACCCCAAGAUUCCAAUUGGAAAAUAAUUUCAUAUAUAUUAUUUCCUAAUUAACACAAAUUAGAAUAUGUUAGAAUCAAAAGCACAAUAAGUAUAAAUUAAAAAAUUGAAAACAAAUUGUAAAUGAUGAUUGUCCCAGUUAAAAAAACAAAAAAACAAUCUAAGAUUGAAAUAAAAAAAAUUUUUUUGCUAUUUAUAUUUUCUUGAAUUUUUUGGGGUUUGUCAGUUAUAAAAUGUUUUUUCAUUUCAAUUCAGGAUGACAACAUUCUCUUAAAGUAUGUGAAUACAUUCAACCGAAAGAUAUAUGCUUUUGAAAUCAUAUCCGUGGAUGCAGGAAAUGUGCAGGCUGGUGACAACUUGUCAUGUGACCAGCUGCUCAAUAAUGAAGGUAGCCCUACCUUUAGGCAUGACCUUGAGGUACCAUCAAGUUCCAGAGCUGAGCUGCCUUAUGUCACUGACAGCCAUGUGUCCAAUCAGAGCUUCGAUUCCAUUAACGUCAACUCGCCAAGCAGCCGUGACACUUUAGAUUGUAUGUUCUCUGACUCUGAAGUGUGCGAACCAAGCUCACGUGAAAAUCCUGAAUUUUCAUCAGCUUAUUUAAACGUGGAAGAUGACGAGGGUGAGUGUCAGUCUACAUCCGGAGGGCCAUCAGGGAGGGGGCCGUGGGUGAGUGGAGAGUAUUCCAACAACCAACGUCUUUCUUGGAAUCUGGAUUAUGAUGAGGACCUUGGUGCCAUGGGCACCAACAAUUCUUUAGCAUGCUCAUCCUCCCAAGCCAACGGUGAGGACAAUAUUAACUCCAACUCCUCAGGGUUUUGGAUCAACAAGAAUAAAGAGAGUCCCAGAGAAGCUACUGGUGUCAGAAAAUACGCUAAUGAUGAUAACGAGGCAGCAAGUUUAGAGAAUAUACGUGAGAAAACCCCAGCUAAUGGGAAAACAAGUGCACACCUAGUAAGCUCACCAAGUGGGCCCCCAGAAAGCCCAGCCAAAAUCAGCCCUGUGAAAUCAGAAAGAGGAUUUGCAAAGUGCUCCACUGUCACGACCUCAACGACAGUCACUACCACCAUCAGUAUCAGCAACAACCAACCUCAAAUCAGCAGCAGCAGUGGGGGCAAUAAUAGUCACAGUGGCAGCAGCCAGAACCCCUCGCGUUCUUGCCCCAGCCCAGAAAGUUUCUCCCACAUCCCAGAGCAUGAAGCUACUCUGAUGUCCGUGGCGGCCAGGCUUGGGGAGAGUCCGGGAUCUUAUUUUCUCCAUAGAACUCAAAACGACACAGAUUAUGGAUACUUUCAAGAUGGUAAGUUUUUAAAAAAAAUUUUGAUUUGAAUACAAUUUAGGUUCUUUCGGUUGAAACUAGCAAUUUGAAUAGUUUUUUUAUUUGUUUUAUUUACUCUUAACACUCCAUUGAGCCCAUUCCUUUCUGUACUGUUUACUUUCAUUGUGAACAGAAAAACACCUAACACUGUGUCCAUUUGGGCAUGUGCUUUUACUUUCUAUAAUUAUGUAAAGAGUUGUGAUGAAAUAUUUGUCUGAUUAUGUAAUUUUCUGCAUAAUCCGCAGCAGAGUUGUAUUUUGGACAAUGCUAAACACAUUUAGUUGACAGCACACAAACUCCUGGAUUCCCCCUUUACAAAUGUUUCAAGCAAAUUGUGUAUUUGCAUUGGCCAGAAAAGAUAGGAUUACGUUUUGCCCCCCCCCCCCCCCCUCCCCCNUCAUAGUAAUCCAAAGUAGGAAUCCACUCCUUACUAAGUAAGGUCAAAUUUAAGAGAAGCUUCUCCUUGGUGUUCCUGGAAUAGCCAGGGUGUUUUCUAUUAGGGUGAAAUGGGGGGGGGGGGGGAUAGGCCCCAUAAGAGCCUCUUAAUAAUUAUUUUCAGUGGUGGGUUAAUUUAGUUAAAAUUUAAAAGAAAAAUUUAAUACACCCUCAGAAUUAUAAAAAAUAAUUUUAUAUCAUUUAUAAUUUGGGCUGUACAACUUUUAAUCCAAAGACAAGGCUUAUCAGUACAUCCUCAUGAUAUUUUGUACCCAGGCUCCAGUGAGGCUGUGGACACCUCCUGUCCUUACAGAGAAGAGAAGCCAAGAGCAGAGUGUGAAGAGCCUGCCUGGUCAUCAAGUUUCCCUGUACACAAUCCCUCCACAAGCCAUGGUGAUGGUGCUCAAGCUUGUAAGUAGUGGUCUAGCAGCUUUAUAGUGGAAAAUGUGAUUUAGUGCUAUUUGGGAUUAACUUUAACUGUCUAAAUAUGCUGUGGUGUGAACCUUUUUAAGUAAUUUUGAUAUGUAUCACUAAAAUACCCCAAAUUAUCACUAAAAUAUCCAAAACUAAUAGAAAAUGAAUCCAGAGACUGAUAUAAGUAUAGAUAUUCUGAGAGUAAACUGGGCAAGGAAUCAUACACAUAUAUAUAUAGUAUGAAUUUGGGAAUUACGUGAGCUCAUUUUAAAUUACUUUAACCUUUCAUAAGUGAGUACAAUUGUGCAAUUGUUUAUCCUCUAAAUAUGUUUUUCUUACACUGAAAACACUAUUCUUUCAGUUUAGAAAAUAUAAAGUUGUUAGGCUUAUAGAAAUUUAAAAAAAAAAAAAAAAAUUCAUUGGUGACUUGAAUAUUCCUCAAAUAUAUGACUAUUAGUACAUUGUCCAAAAUUUUACAGUAAUAAAACUUGAACUGCUACUAGUGCUAGAAUCUUCAAAAUCAAUUUCAUAUAGACAUAAUUUAAAUAAAUGAGGCUUUUGUUUUGCAGGACCAACAUCUGAGUUUAACAAAAAAUCUCCCACAAUUUCAGCUCGAUUUUAAAAAAAAAACAAGGAAAAAAAAGGACAUGCAAUUCCAGACCUGUUUACCCUAAAACUCUUAAAAUCGUACAAUGUCAUCAUAUAAUCGUUCAAUGAAUUCUCUUUAUAGAAAAAAAAGUGCAGUAUAUAUAAUUUAUACACCUCAAAAUCGUACAUUGAACGCCAAAAUCGUAAGAGUAAACAGGCCUGCAAUUCUAAAAAAAACAACAAAAAUUAAGAUUCCCAUUUAUAAUAUUAAUUUUAGUAGACACCGAUUAUAUUGGCUGUAACAACACAGAAAAAGUCAUAAUGGCAGAUAAUCAGCCAUUAUGACAGUUGGUGGGUUAAGAAUCUGCAUCGUGACCAUUGUUACCUUGCCCUUGAGUUUCCUUUAAUGGUGAAAUUGCUUCCUCUUCACACUGUAAAUUUGAUUAACUGUUCGUGGAGGCCUCUUGUAGCUAAGAAAGAUGAUGCCAUAAGUCUGAAAUUGACAUAACUUUCAUUUUUAUGUGGCAGCCCUUUGGAAUAAUAAAAAUAGUAGCUUUGUAGCGCCAUGUGACAUUUAGUAAAAGAGAAAAGUGUUAUUUCUGUUGAUAUCAUGCUUGAUUCUAUCCUACCUUAGGUCCACUAACUGACCAGUGGAGAUCAUGUGCUAUAUGCUUGGAGGAUCUCCUUGACACAGAACUUCUUACUCACAUCAUGUGUGAUGGUGUCUUCUGUCAAAACUGUUUAGAGGUAAAGAAUACAAAAAUAAUUGAUUGAAAAUCCUUACCCAGAAUGUGGUUAAAUGGCUGUAUGUAAAAUUAAAUCUUCAAUAAUUUACCUCAGCUGAGAUUGGCAAUAAUAAAAUAAGAGCUUAGUCAGCAGAAUAUUAAUAAAAAUAUAUAUAUAUUUCUGGCCUACUAGCUUUUUUAAUGCUUUAUACAACUUUAUAAUUUAUUAAGUUGUUUGAAAAAUAUAUAUUAUGUUCCUGAAAAAAAUUGAAACAAAUAAACAAAGAAUAAUGCUCACUAUCGAUGCACUGUUUUAAAAAAAAAAUUUACAGAUAUCUGAGUUAAAAUUGUAUUGUAAGCUCUAAAAUUGUAAGGAAACCUUGUUUGAUUGUUUGUUCUCUGCUAACCUGCAUCUAUAUCUGGUAUUCACUAAGGAAGCAACUCAGGCGAUAACAUUUGAUGAUUUUCUUGAUUCUUGUUCCUUUAUUGGGCUGAUACUUCGCUUAUACUUUCUCUCAUCUCGCAACUCUGACUGCCCUCUAUUCCUACCGUCGGAGCUCUCCCUGUCCGCUUCUCUGUCCGGCUGAGUUACUUUUUACCUAUUUAUGAAGAAGCAUACAUUUCUUCUUUGAUAAUUUUAAAAUAUUUAAAUAUGAUAAUGUCACUACAUUUCCAAACACUAAUAGACAUUCUAUCCCCCAUUUCAGAUGUCUGUUAAACACACAGCUGAUGUGUCUGCAUUUUGCUGUCCGGUAAGCAUGAUUUUUAUUCACUACAGACGUAUUAAAAAAAAAGAUGAAUUUUUUUCCUUGCACAUUAUUUAAAAAAAAUACUUUUCACUGGCCUUUGUCCUCACAUAGUAAUUUUGAACACAUCUCCAGAUUUGCCUUCAGCCAGCCAACACUUAUGAAGAUUUCGUACCAUUAGCCAGUGCAUCCGCUGCUAAGCCUAAAAUCAGGUAACAAAAAUUUCCACGAAAUCUGUUCAUUUAAUAUUUUCAGCCCACUAUGGGAAAUUAAGAAUUUCUUAUUGAGAUGCAACUUUUUCUUUCUUUUUUUAGAACCCUACCAAUGAGCAUAGCCUAUCGCCACAAUGUCAGAGACAACACUGGCGCAGACACUCUCCAACUUUUUGGCCACCCAAGCAUCCUGCACAUGCCCAGUGUGAUGGCUGGGGACUCGCUUUACAGCCUUGUAGACCAUAUCGUCAGUCCAUUGCUUUCAAGUUACUCUAUAAAACUGACUGAUGGACAGGUGCUGAUUAUUUCAAUUAUGUUUUAUGUAUUUUUGAAGUUAUUUAUGAUUUAUGGAAAUUUUGGUUAGUUGGAAUUUUACCUUUUACAUCCAUUAAGAUGCUUAAGCGAGAAUUUUACCUUUUACAUCCAUUAAGAUGCUUAAGCUUCUGUUUAAGCUUGUAAGAAUUAUAUGUUUAGAACAGGUUAUAAGUUUUAAUUAUUCCAAUUUUCAGGGCCUCACUUGCUCUCGGUGCACCUACUCACGCCACUGUUCUGGCUGUGAAAUAGCCAGGGAUGGGGAGAUAACCCUUCAGCCAUCCGAUUGUCUCACCAUACACAUAUGUGAGACACUUUCAUCUGAGCAGGUCUGUGACUCUCAGUAUGUUCAUGAGGACGCAUCAAUGGCUGGGCUGAGGUCUUCUGAGCCUACAACUAUCAUGGAUUGCUUCGGGGCCUUUACACAGAGGUGGGUAGUUUUUAAAAAAUUUGUUGCUUCCAAAAGCAAUAGUUGAGGCGACUAAAUAGUUGUGAGCUGAUUUAAACUCCUAAAUAGUUUAUUAAUCGUAAGAAUGAAAACAUUUUUUUCUUAAGUAGAGAAAAACAAGUACUAUUAUUAUUAUCAUUGGUAGCUUUUGUUUAUAAACUUGCAAAGCCAUAAUUAUGCCAUACAUGAUGCAUUCAGUUUUUGAGCAAGCAAAAGCCAAAUAUUUAUGAUUCAAUUAUUUAAACAAAUAUUUCUUUGUUGUUCAAUACAUCGAUGGAAACUAAUUUUGCUCCUAUUAUUUCUGCUAAAUAAAUACAGUUGCUAAACUACAAAAGAUUUUUAAAAAGAUAUAUGGCAAAACUUUGAUGGGCUUGGAAGGUACAUGUUUUUUCUUAAUAUAAUAUAUUAUAUGUGUGAAUGACAACUCUUUGAAUCAACAGUGAGAUCUUAGAUGAGCACAACCCCUGGUACUGCCCCCAGUGUGAAAGGAACCAGUGUGCCAAGAAAACAAUGACAGUCUGGAGAUACCCCGACAACCUCAUCAUUCACCUCAAGAGGUAACCCACCUCAGAAGUUUGAUUCAUUUUCACACAGUUAGUUUAUGAAACAAAAGAUGUUUGACUCAACACAUUUUGCUGUCUUAUCAUAAUAUAUCAUGAGUUGGAAAUGUUCCUCAUUCCUACAGCACAAUGUGUUCAUAUAUAUGUAUGUAUGUAUGGCAUCUUUCCGUCUGCGGGAGACGAUAGAUUAUCUUUAUUGCUUGCAGCUCUUGGUGUGGCUGGUGAGACCAAUCCUCGAAUGGCAGUCUCUCUUACAUUUCCCACACACGAAUGCGGUGGAUUUACCGGCCUUCCUCCUCGCUCUUUUUGCAGCUGUUUCCGCCCUGUUUUGAUCCUCGGCAUGUAGUGAUCCUGCUUUCACGAUGCCUCGCCAUGAGGAUCGAUCCUCUGCCAGCUCCUCCCAGUUUGAGAUGUCCAUGUUGGCCGACUUCAUGUCUCUUUUGCAUAUGUCUAAGUAUCUCAGACGAGGCCGUCCAACUGACCUUUUCCCUGUCGCCAGCUCGCUGUAUAGCACGUCCUUUGGUAUGCGACCCGAUUGCAUUCGCUUGACGUGUCCUAGCCAGCGGAGGCGUCUUUGGAUUAACAUGGCUGGGACGCUACACAUGUUUGUUUGGGACAGGACAUCCGUGUUGGGGACUUUGUCUUGCCAUUUAAUGUCAAGGAUGUGGCGCAGGCAUCUGAGGUGGAAGCCAUUGAGCCUUCUUUCGUGUUUAGAGUAUGUGGUCCACUACUCGCAUCCAUACAGAAGUGUGCUCAGUACGCAGGCCUGGUACACCUGCAGCUUAGUUCUUGUUGUGAGUUUGUCGCAGUUCUUGUUGUGAGUUUGGCGUUUGACCAGACUCUUUUCUUCAGUCUGGCCAUAACAGUUGCGGCCUUCCCUAUCCUCCCACUUAUCUCCUCCUCCAUUGAGAGGGUGCUCAAUAUGUUGGAUCCCAGAUAUGUGAAUCUGUCAACAGUAUCCAAGUCGUAGUCGUAGGCACCUUUAUAUUUUACAUGGCCUUAACACUAGAGGUCUUCCGCCACUGCAUUGCUCUCACAAUUAGUCUGCAGGUGUCAAGCUGUCUUAAGUGAUUUGGAAAAAGGAAAUACAUAGAUAUUCUGUAAAAAUAAAAAAUAAAUGCAUAUAGAUCCAUGGAUCUUUUAAAUACUAUUUAGUGAAAAUAUCUACAUUUUAUUUGCUACAGUUCUCCCUAUAUUGAUACUGAAAAAUCUGAUUAUUUCACAACCACAAGAGUCACUAGGCAAAUCUUUGAUAAUAUGCAAUUUUUAAAUUAAAAGUUUAAAAAACUUAAAAUAUGUUCCCAUAUUAUGCAUUAAUGUAGAAAAUAUAUUUGAGGGAUUGUUCAUUAAGCAGGAUUUCAACUGUUUGUUCUUCAUGUGCUGACAGAGAGGUGAAUCAUUGCUUUGCUAUCGUCAAAUCAAUUUUUUUCUUCAUCAGAUUUGUCUACCAAGACCUGUCCAGCACAAAAGUGGACACCAAAGUGAUAUUUCCUAAAGAAGGCAUGGAUGUCCGCGGAUUCCUCUCGGGGCCCAGCUCAUCUGGCCAGGUCUAUGAUCUCUACAGCAUUGUCUGCCACUUUGGUGGCGCCAGCGCCGGUCACUACACGUGCUACUCUAAGCAUCCGCUGACCACACAGUGGUACUACAACAACGAUGAGUCCGUGUCACAGCAAGUUCCGUCAGAAAGUGAAUACAGCAGUGGCUAUGUCUUGUUUUAUCAGAGGAGAGGUCAGUGUUUAAAAAGAAUUUUUAAAAACACAUAUUAUUUAUUACUACCAAGCAGUAUUUUUUUAAAAACAGUAAUUAAAUUUGUUGUCUUUUACUUCUCCAGUAGCCUGAGCCUAUUUACUUGAACUCACAGCAUUUUUUAUAUUGUACAAUAUUUUGUGACAAGAUGGUCCAAAUUAUACAACUAUUUUGCUCUUUGUUCGUAUCAAUUUAAAAUUUCAUAUCCCAUACGUGGGAUGAUAAGUAUUUUUUGUCUCAUGUUUAACAGACUCGCCCUCCAUAAAUCUUGAAGCAAUUUAUCUUGUAUGUGGGAGAAAGGAUUUAAAAAGCAAUUGUCUGUGUGUCCUUUGAGGUUUUCACCAUUUAUGCAUCAACAAAAAGCUUAUCGCCUUAAUGUCAGAGACAAUACUUGAGGUGGGCUAUGCUUUAUAUCAGUAUACCACCCUCUAUAAAAUCUUAUCUUUAUAGCACCUCCGUUUUAAUUUGAUCAAAACCGGCGAUUUGGAUAGUGUUUUUUUUUUUUUUUCUUUUUUUUUUUUGCUGAGUCCGCUCCAAAUUUUUUUAAAAGUUCCAGCUCCACUCUGAUCACCGGCAAAAUUAAAAAGAAGGGGGGGGUGGUUUGAGGAGGUUGAUAGGUGUUUAAAGAGAUAUUAGAGAUAUUAUUGUCACUUUAAUUAAUGUGGUGGCCAUAGUUAGACUUUUCAACAGGAAGGCGCAGCAUCUCAGAGCCAUAAUCAUUAUUAAUUAAUUUUUUUUUUUGUACGUACUGUGAAGAAUAGCACCUUCAUUACACCAGUCAUGUGGUCACUAAACAAUCCUGAUUUAAAUCCAGUCAAUUACACCUUAUAAAGUAGUAUGUUGACAUUAGACAGGACAGUAAGAUGUAUGAGAAUUUCUGAAAAUUUUAUUUACCUUCAGCCAAAAUUGACACUUGAUCAGCCAAAUUCAGGAAUGGUCCAGGAAUGGAGAACACUUUCGCAACGGUUUUUUGACAGAAGCAUAAAUGAGUGGUGCCAAUGUUUGGAUAAAGUUGUUGCAAACUAUGGAGGACUAAUUGAACACAUUGAUUAUAUUUAUAUUGUUUGGCAUAUAACUUCAAAAUUACAAAACAAUAUCCACAAUUAUUGACCUUAUAUUAUAUAUUUGUUUUUGCCCACCCCAUAUAAAGUGGCAACACAUUGGUGGACUCGUCUGAAGAGGGUGGUGGGGAGUAAGUGUGGACAAUACAAGGUGACCAUAUCGUAGAGUGUGAAUAAAACUGUUCGAAGGGGAGCCCACCCCAAGCGCAAACCUUGGGGAGGCAAUUAACUCGUAAAUUAUCCUUAUUUAUAACUAAGAUCUUAUUUAUAAGAUCCAAAAAAAAAAAAAAUUUGUCCAAAAAUAAAAUGUUCUGGUAAAACUAAAAUUAAUAAAAACAUGCAACACAUAACAAGCAACUCCAGCAACUACAAUCCUGACAGCCAAUAAACCGAAACCCCUAAGUCUUAUCUGGAAAAUUUCUUUAGCGUAAAUGAAAACUAAAGUUUGCAUGCAGUUCAUGAAGACGUUAAUUCCCAUGUGCUGUUUGGCCUUUACCCCAAAACAAUGAGAAACUAAAUAUUUUGACUCUGCAAACAGUUGCAAUCGAUGGUUCUUUUUUUUUUAUGUGAGGAUUACAGAUUAAAAUGUGCACAUAUCCAAAUAUUAUUUGUAUGUCCCCUGUAUGCAAAUAUAUUUGUUUUCAAGGUUGUUAAGAAAAUUUUGAUUCAACUUCAUUUCUCUUACUUUCAACCAGGGACUUGGAGCAGGCUUUUUUUGGCCAACCUCUGCUCCGGACAAAUUUUUGUCUGUUCCUCUCUGAGCUCUGGCAAAAUUAAAAGAAGGGAGGGGUGGUUGAGGGGUGCCUUUAAGUAAAUGGGUUUAUCACUAACAAUUCUUAUUAACUAGGCGAUAGAAAUGCAUGUACUAGCAACAUAGCUGUAGAAGGGUGGGCCAACAUAUCUGUAGAAGAGUGGGGGUAACAGCUGGUAGAAGAGAGGGGGUAACAUAGCUGUUAGAAAAAUAUGCACCAAUUUUUAAUAAAAUAAGUAAAGAACCUAUAAGUGCAAUUAUAACUUUUUAUAUUAAUUCAUUAAAAUUUUUUGGGGCUUGAAGCAGUAAGAAUUUUGACAAGCUCCCCUCCAGCUCUGGGCAAAAGACCCUGCACCGGAGCUCUGAGCUCUACUCCAAAUUCCUUGAUCAAAAUUGCCUGGGUCAGUUCCGCAACACAUAGAUAAAACACAUAGAUAAGAGAUACUUUAGGAAUUUGUUUUUUUCUGCCAAUGGAUUCAAAAGAAGGUUUUUAAAAACCUUGCAUGAUUAGACUAAAUUCUCAAUCUUGAUUCAUGUUAAAUGUGGGGAUUUCAUUUCUUUUCUCAGGCACAGACGUUGAGUUCACCCCGCCACAGGAUGUUCCCUGCUUUGAGGAUGAACAGCCUGACAACAUGGUGGCAACAACUUCCACCUACAGUGCUCGCAACAAUGGGCUGGCCAACAACAUGGCCCUUGUCCUCUUUCAGCCGCCAACCACCUCGAGCCAGAGUGACAAAGUCGAGGAGGAAGAUGACUACGAUAACGAGCAGAGGUGCUCCCCUUGUGAUGACGAAUCACUGACAGUUCACUUUGGCUCAAGCUUCGCAGAGCCCCAGGAUAAUUUUGAUGAAAAUGAGGCAGAGGCCGAUGGAGGCAAUGAGGAUGAUAACGAUGAUGACGGCAGGAUUAACAUAACCGAGCCUGACAGCACUCUGGACUUUUACUCAUAAAUGAAAAACAGUCUCCCUAGUCAACAGCAUAACCGGUUAAAAGUCAUGAGGAUGAAGUAGCGUCCUCGUGCAGAAUUGAUCUCAUGAUACCAGUUUGCUCCUGUUUGUCACCUGAGCCGCUCAGCGUCUGUGGGGUUGCCGUCAGAUCGGCAUUUGAACCACAACCCUAUCUGUUGCCUGUCAGGUCACUGUCACCUCCUGACGUUCAGUAAUCCUUAGUGGUAAACUUUAUGUUUGGAUGAACCUCCCGGGUGACAGAGCCUCUUUAUUUCUCAGCUGACUGUGACAGCACCUCAUCUUUGACUGUCGCCGCCAUGUUCUGGCCUGAGAUUCAACUCUAAAGAGAUUUCAUACUGUCUUUAUAUCACUUGGCAUAUCAAAAACUGUUCUUGCUCUCACUGGACCUGUUGGCAUGCCAACAAAAAUUAAAUGCUUCACUCUUGUGCUGUAGACUUUGUUUUUGUAAGGGAUAACUACAUUGUUUGAACACUUAUAUAUGUUGAAGUUGUGGGCUGAAUUCCAUUGCUCCAAAUGAGUCUAGUUUUCGUUGGUAAGUUUCAGACAAAGUUUAUAUAGCCAGUCACAUUUUCCUCUCUAAUUGUGUGCAGAAACUUGACAGCAUGAUCUGUGAAACAAGCUCAGAUAAAACAUAUAUGUAUUUUUUUAAAUUGGAUAUUGUGGUGGAUAUUAUUUUUCUUGAAUUAGAUCCAAUUCUUUAAAGGGUUAAAUUGUAUUUUACAUACAGUAAUGAAUUUGUUACAAGACUUCACAAUGCAAUGUUAAAGUUAUAACAGCCUUGCAUACAUCAUGGGGUGCAUUUGAUAGUAGUUCAUUGCACAUCCAUUUACUUUAAAGGUUACACAAUCCAUAAAUUUUGCUUUGUUUGAUUGCUCAUACAAAUGAGGACAUUUCUUAAAUGUUGCAUAUGCAGCCUUGGAAAAUCCAGGGGAUCCAUUGUCACAAACUGCAAGUUUCU